ACAAUAAUCAAGGAAGUCAAGUCCUCUCUCCACGCCUUCACCUUAUUUCUCCAUUUGAAUUCUGCAACUUCCUUCCUCCCUCUCUACUCAAGAUUUCAAUCCUCCGAAUCCUCAUCUCUUGAUCCCCUCAACUCUCUAGAUCUCCGACUGCUUACGGGGUGUCGUUGUAGCCACCGCACAGAACGCAGAAGUCCGGCGAGGAGUUUUCCGGCGACCAUACUUAUAUUUUAGGUUAUAAACUCUACAUUCAUAUGAAUUCUAAAUAAGUGAUAAGUCGUCUUCGUUGAAUUAGGGUUUUUCCCAUCAGAUUCGGCAUCAUGCAGUCUGCAGAACAGGAUGGGAUUGGGAAUGUAUCCGACAAGUUGCCAGAGCAACUGGGCAAUCAGAAUGAAAUUUGGAAUGUAUUCGACAAGUUGACAAAGCAAUUGGGCAAUCCUGUUGAGUUUGAACUUCCAGACUGGUCAAAUAAAUUGCAGUCUGCUCCAUAUAUUUUAAUAAAACGCAAUAUAUAUAUGACUAAGAAACCAAAGAGGCGCCAUGAGGAUGAUGGCAUCUUUUGCUCUUGUGGUCCAUCUACAGGGUCUAAUGCUUCCUGUGGAAGAGACUGCCACUGUGGGAUGUUGCUCUCUGCCUGCUCCUCAAACUGUAAAUGCGGAGAUGAUUGUGUUAACAAACCAUUUCAGCAGCGCCCUGUGAAAAAGUUGAAACUAGUGCAGACUGAGAAAUGUGGAUCAGGCAUUGUGGCUGUUGAAGAUAUUAAGCAAGGCGAAUUUGUUAUAGAAUAUGUAGGAGAAGUAAUUGACGAUAAAACUUGUGAAGAAAGGUUAUGGAAAAUGAAAGAGACCGGUGUAACAAAUUUCUAUCUUUGUGAGAUUAACCGAGAUAUGGUUAUCGAUGCCACUGCAAAGGGUAACAAAUCAAGAUACAUAAAUCACAGUUGCUGUCCCAACACGGAGAUGCAGAAAUGGAGUAUAGAUGGAGAAACAAGAAUUGGUAUAUUUGCUACACGUGACAUAGAAAAGGGCGAGCAUCUGACAUAUGAUUAUCAGUUUGUUCAAUUUGGUGCAGAUCAAGAUUGCCAUUGUGGUGCUGAUAGUUGCAGACAGAAACUUGGUGUCAAACCUAGCAAGAAGAUUCUUUCGUCUGAUGCCGCAUUAAAACUAGUUGCACAUCAGGUAGCAGCAUCAUCUUCCAAAGUGAAAGCAAUAUUAUUGGGAAAAAAUGUUUAUCAGAAUGGAAGUUUUCAUGGAGCGCCAGGUCAAAGAAGAAACUCCUUUAAUUGCAUUGGUGAAGUUGUCAGGAUUUCUGGCCCUGACUAUAUGAGGUCAUUUGGUAUAAUAAGGCGGUUUGAUAACAUUACAAAGAAGCACUUGAUCAUGUUUGCAGAUGGAAGUGAUGAAUUUAUUGACAUGUCCAAAGUAGAUUGGGAAUUUUGUAACUUCUUAUUGUAGUUCAGGAAGACGAUCCGCUGUUUAACAUCAAUGAACAAUGCUCCAAGAUAGUGGAGGAUUGAACAUAAUCAAUGACCACAAUAUUUUUCUUAUCGCUCCCUAUGUGUACUUAAAACUGUUAAUCAUUCUUUGUGUUCUUUAUUGGUAAUAAAGAGAAGAGUUGUAACAUAUGUACCAUAGUCCUCAAAAUCCUGUUCCUGCUCCUCCUCCUCCUGAAGCUUGAUGGUUUUCUCUUUGAUAUUGUGUCAAGUUACGGUCCUGUAUGUCAUUGACAGGAGAACAAAAUUUAGGGUAAACAUUAGUUGCACCAAUGUUUCAUUUUUAUAAUGUAACCUAAGUUGUCAUAUACAUGAAUGAAAUGGGUCCUAAAGUUAGA